UAGUAGUGUGUGAUGAUGAUGAUGAGGUUCACAUGCAAAUGCAACACCUUUUAAGUGUCUGGAUUUGGGGUCCCAUGAGAUUCUAAAAGUAGGACAUGAACCACCCUUCUCUCUCACAUCACACACACACACACACACACACACACACAAUACACAAAUAACACCACCACCAACACCAAGACCAGACCCCCACCCUUCUAUAAAUGCAAAACAUACUCUCCUGAAUCACUGCACUGAGAUCUAUCUAUCUAUUUAUCUUUCUAUUUACAUGCUCAGUUCCCAUUCUUGGUAUUGUUAUAUAUCUCUUCUUCAUCUGUUUUUUUCUGUCACAAAAUAGAUAGAUUUGGAUUUGCUCUGCCACAUCUCAGACCACCAUUAAAAAAAGUUUUCAUCCAAAUCUUAAAGGCAAUGUCUUGAUUUGUGUGUGUUUGAAGUUUAAAUACUAGUGAACAAGUCUGGUGUUUUUGAGAGGACAAUGGAGUUUGCUCUGUUUUGCACCAGAGUGAAUGUGGUUAUACUUCUUCUGGCACUCUGUUCUCCAUGCAAGUUCAUACAGAGUCCUAUGGAGUUUGGUCCCUUGAACAACUUCCUGCAAACAAGUAGCACAGCAUCAGUGGACUUUGGGAGGAUUAAUUUCAACUUCCCUGCAGCUGUGCUCAGACCUGAGUCACCUAAAGAUAUCUCACUGCUUCUCAGCUUCCUCUCUGCUUCAUCUUCCAGUAAAGUCUCUGUUGCUGCAAGAGGAGCAGGGCAUUCUAUUCAUGGCCAAGCUCAAGCUCAAGAUGGUAUUGUUAUUGAGAUGGAGUCUCUUCCAUCAGCCAUAGAGAUACACAAGAAAAAAGAAGAAGAAGAUGAAGAUGAUGGGGUCUCUUAUGCAGAUGUUAGUGGUGGUGUUCUCUGGAUAGAGCUUUUGGAGGAAACCUUGAAGCAAGGGUUGGCCCCCAGGUCUUGGACUGACUACCUCUAUCUCAGCAUUGGUGGGACUCUCUCCAAUGCUGGUAUCAGUGGCCAGACCUUCAAACAUGGCCCUCAGAUCAGCAAUGUCCUACAGCUUGAUGUGGUCACAGGAAAAGGAGAGUUAGUGACAUGCUCACCAACAAAGAACAGUGAACUCUUCAAUGCUGUCCUUGGAGGACUUGGCCAAUUUGGGAUCAUAACAAGAGCAAGGAUCUUGCUGCAAGAUGCUCCACAGAAGGUGAAAUGGGUGAGAGCUUUCUAUAAUGAUUUCCAGACAUUUAUGGAAGACCAAGAGCUACUUGUCUCAAUGGCAGACAAGGUAGACUAUGUUGAAGGCUUCUUGGUCUUGAAUGAGAAGUCACUUCAUAGUUCCUCCAUUGCCUUCUCUGCCAACCUUGACAACCUCCUCCCUCACCUCCAACCAUCAAAAAUACACUACUGCAUAGAGUUUGCCAUCCAUGACUCCUCCUCUUCAUCCUCCACUGUAGAACAGGUUGUUGAAGAGAUUUCCAGGAUGUUGAGAUACAUGCCAACACAAGUGUACAGUGUUGAGGUCUCUUACUUUGAUUUCCUCAACAGAGUGAGGCUGGAGGAGCUGAGUCUCAGGAAGAGGAACAUGUGGGAUGUCCCACAUCCAUGGAUGAACAUGUUUGUACCCAAACAAGGGAUCAAUGACUUCAAAGACUUGCUCAUGGAGAGCAUCUCAGCUCAGAAUUUUGAAGGUCUUAUCCUCAUAUACCCACUCCUCAGAGACAAGUGGGACACGAACACAUCAGCGUUGCUGCCGGAGUCCGGCGGGUCGGAGAAGAUGGUGUAUGUCGUAGGAGUGCUCCGCUCGGCCAACCCAACAACGUGUUCGACGAAAUGCCUAAACGAGAUUCUCCGCAGUCACAACCACAUCGCCCAAAUAGCCGGCGAGGAACGCAUCGGAGCUCGGCAGUACUUGCCUCACCACCCUUCUCCGGCGCACUGGCGCCGCCACUUCGGACGGCGCUGGGACCGUUUCGCCGCGCGCAAGGCCCGGUUCGACCCACUGUGCCUGUUGUCUCCCGGCCAAGGCAUCUUCCCCAGAGCAUUACCAUCAUUGAAAUUUAGUUAAGUUAGUUAAAAAAAGAAAUCAUCAUUAAGGGUCUAUAAUUACACUUAGAGAUGAAAACUAUAUAUAUUAUAUAUAUAUAUAUAUGUAUUUUUUUUUUUAAUAUUUUCUUUUAGUUCUGAGAUAUAUUUAAGAAGAAGAAGAAGAAGAAGAAGAAAACCCAUAUUUGGGAUUUUGGCUUUUUGAUGUACAGGGAAGAGUAUAGAUCUCUGUA